CGUUACGCAUCUCCUGCAUCUGCCAUGACUGACGCCCCAAAGAUGCGCGCGCGGCUCGGUCCCAGUUUUGCCUGGCGCGCGCACAGACCGCGAGGAGAGGCUGUAGCGGUGGCUGGCAGGUCUGGGAUGAUGGUCGCUGACGCGAGCGAGGAGGCGGCCCUCGCCGGCUCACGGGCCCGCAUCGAGGCUGGUGGCUGAAGUCGAUGUAAUCAAACAGCAGCGCGUUCGAGACUUCGGGAACGACUUUCCGCGCACGCACAGAAAGGGAG